AUGACAUACGUUAAUACUGUAUUUACGGAUGGUCCCUUGGAGGUACAGAUUUUAGAAUUUGCCUCUUACAUCUCUAAGCUUAAAGGAGAGCCAGAAGAUGCCGGUCCUUUCAUAAAGGAGACAACUGCCUUGUUGAAAGAAAAUAAAUUAGAACAAGUAUUUCAGACAUUUGUUGCGGCAACUUCAAUAUUAUUAGACGCGCCGGAGAAAGAAUUUGAAGCUGUAUAUAAUCUUCUCAUUGCGAUUUUAAAAUCUGCGACGCCUGAAACAUAUCCGGUCUUAAUAAAUCAUUCCAUCAAAGCGUUGGUACAUGAUGAACACGACAAGGCCAUCCAAAAACUUAAAGUUCUCCAGAAUCUGUACAAUACUCUAGAAUAUUCUUCACCACUCCGCUACGAUGUAUUUGUUGCAAUUCUUGAUAUUGCUACUAAGAGCGAUGAAAUUGAAACCAUACUACCACAGUUGCCGCGUCUGGAUACUUGGGUGAAGGAGUGGUCAAUAUCUACAGAGCAGUAUCUUGCAACUUAUACACCAUCCGAUGAUCUUUCUGUGGCAAAGUCCGCUGCAAGUCGCGCAGUGGUAGAGGCAAUUCAGCUGCCUGAAAUUUUAAGUUUUGAGGAUUUACUUGAGUUAGACGCUAUUAAAGCAUUGAAAAAUGAGCAAGUUUUUGAAUUGUUAAAGGUUUUUUUAAAUGGGAAUUUGAAAGAAUAUAAGCAAUUCGUCGACACAAAUCCAGGCGUUGUGGAAAAACUUGGAUUAUCAAAUGAAGAUAAUACGCGCAAGAUUCGCUUACUGACGUUAGCUUCUUUAGCAUCGGAGCACGUUUCGCACGAGAUCACUUAUCAAACAAUUGCAAAAGCUCUCGAAAUCGAAGAGGAUGAAGUUGAAAUGUGGACAAUCGAUGCUAAAGUCAACCAAGUUCGCAAAACCAUUUUAGUGAACAGAUCAACGUAUCGCACGUUCACGAUGACUCAGUGGCAACAAUUAUCCGACAAACUAGAUGGUUGGAAGCAAUCACUUGCGGAUAUUUUACAAGUGAUUGCUAACGCAAAAUUAAUUGCGCAGCAUUCAAAUGUGAACGCUAAUGUCGCAGCAAGUUCAGCUGUUGUUGUAAUUGAAGGGACGAGCGGCCAAGAGGAGGAGUCGUGA